UUCGUUCUGAAAAAUAAGAGAAAAAGAAGAGAGAUAUAAAUGCUCUCCUUGUAGAAUUCAUGGCGGGACUUAAGAGCACUGCAGCUGCUAAAGCGCCAAAAUAGAAGCGGCAGAAAUGCUCUACUGAACAAACCAUGGUGCCUCAUUCACUUCAAUUUCUUCGUUUCAUUCCCUCCUCCAUUCGCCGCCUUUCCAUUUUUCCCUACAAACCCCAGAAUGGAAUUGCUUGGACAAGGAUGCUGAACACUGAUGCAUCUUGGGCAGAAGGUGAAUUUGAUGAUAUCCAAGAUGAUACCAAAACAUCAGAGAAAGCCACUGCAUUGCAUUUGGCCCUCUCGCAGCUUGUAGGUGAUUUUGGCAAAGAAUCAAUGUUGUCCUUGCAGCGCUUCUUUGGUGCUAGACGACGUGCACCUGUUGUACCUACUGGCUCGUUGAGGCUUGAUCUAGCACUUGGGAUUGGAGGACUACCCAAGGGAAGAAUUGUUGAAAUUUAUGGACAAGAAGCAUCUGGGAAGACAACACUUGCCCUUCAUGUAAUUAAAGAGGCUCAAAAGCUUGGAGGUUACUGUGCAUACCUGGAUGUCGAAAAUGGAAUGAACCCCUCUCUUGCUGAAGCAAUAGGGGUUAAUGUAGAAAAUCUCCUUAUUUCACAGCCAGAUUCUGCUGAGAAUCUGCUGAGUAUUGUUGAUACCCUGACAAAAAGUGGAUCCGUGGAUGUAAUUGUGGUUGAUAGUGUGGCAGCUCUUGUUCCCCGACUAGAGCUUGAUGCUACUCUAGGUGACUCUCCUAAAGGCUUACAAUCAAAGAUAAUGACACAAGCACUACGUAAAAUUCAUUCUUCGUUAUGCAACUCUAGCACACUAAUUAUUUUCGUUAAUCAGGUAAGAUCGAACAAAGGAUUAGCUCGAGGCUCAGGGCGUAUGGAGGAAGUAACUUGUGGUGGAAAUGCUUUGCCUUUUUAUGCUGCUGUACGACUUAGAACGAUUAGAAAACAAUUGCUUAAGAACAGGGAUAAGAUUACUGGUCUUGGGGUAUGUGUCAAAGUCGUUAAAAAUAAGCUAGCUCCUGCAGCAACAGAAGCUGAACUGAGGGUACAGUUUGGGGGAGGCUUUUGCAUAAAAUCUGAGGUUUUGGAAUUGGCUUGUGAACAUGAAGUCAUUCUGAAAGAGGGAGGGAGCUACUUCAUAGAUGGAGAGGUUUUAAACAGUAGACAGGAUGCUGAAGAGUAUCUAGCUGCCAAUGGUGCUGUUUUAGCUAAGAUAGUCGAUACUUUAAGAGAUCAGCUAUUUGUGAACAAGAUGGUAAAAACAACUGAUUAGAUAGUCAGUUUCUGGUUUUAAUCAACUCCAAAAAUUUUGCUGCCUCGUCCUGCAACAGUAUCCUGCUAAAGCCUGCUGAAGGAAAGCUGUGUUAAUGAGCAAGGAGCAACUGAGCGUUUAUUUCCUCUGUGGAGCAUCUGCAGCAACCAUGCUAUGCAAUAUUUGUGAAUCUUCUUUCUGUCUUAUGGUCAAGUAUAUAUUUUAUUUUGGGAAAAUACAUAAGUUGCUCCCUCAACUUGUGCCGAAAAGUGAGUUUCCAUCCCAACCUUUACGGGUGUCGUUUUUCCA